AAUAGAACAGGACAAGAAGUGUGCUUUGAUCUUCAAGAGAGCCGGUCGCCUGGAUCUGGCUAAACAGGCACUGCGUCGUAAAAAGAUUGCUCAGGAUGAGGUGGAUGAAGCAGAGGCAGCCAUGGCUCAACAGGGCGAGGAAGACAAUGACAGUUAGUCAUUCGGAAUAUGUUAUUUUAAAUUUUUAAAACUCUCACAGAACCUACUUUUCUUAUAUUCAUAUCAUACCUAUGCCGCCAGCACUAACAGAGAUUGAUCAAUGUACAUAUGUUCCCCCUGCUGUACUGCCUGUCCCUAUUGCAGAGCCCGGAACUCGUAAUGAAGCAGUGUCAUUCGCCAUGCCUGAUGGCGAAAUCUUGACUGGUCAUUUCACACUGCCGGAUCCAGUGACCGAUGCCAGUGAUAACUUCAAACCUUUGGUUGUUAUAUGUCACGGAAUGCUCAACCACCGAUUCAGCAAAGUUAUUCGCAAUCUCUCUCGGGCUUUAUGUCCUGAAUACCCUCAUUUAUGUUUGGACUUCCCCGGCAUGGGCACCAGUACCGGUAUCACUCGGUAUGGCAACUUUAACGACGAGUACGUUUGCCUUAAAUAUGUCUUGGCACAGCUACGCAAGCAAGGAUACACUAUUGUAGGGCUAAUUGGGCACUCUAAAGCUGGGUCUUUAGUGCUGACCUAUGCCACACACCACAACGAUAUACCGCUCAUCAUCAAUGUUUCGGCUCGUUACGAUCAUACUCAGGCACCGAGCUUCCGAUUCAAGCCAGAGCAUAUGCAGCUGCUUCAAGAGCAGGGAUGGUUCGAGUGGCUCAAGUAUGGGAAAGAAAAGGAAAGAACUUUCAUUGUCCGGGAGGAAGACUUGCGUGUACGGUCAGCGAUUGAUAUGUCCAUCGUUCGAGACAUUGUGCUACGAAAUGAUCAAGGCGCUGUUGUCACAAAGGUACUCACUGUCCAUGGCGAUCAGGAUUCCAUUGUUCCUGUCAAAAGUGCUUGGGAUUUCCACCAUCAUGUUGGAAAGAAUAGCAAACUUCGUCAAGACGAUGACCAUCAAAUUGUCAUUAUACCCGAAGGCGACCAUUCCUUUUUAACUGAACCCGAAGCAAAGCUCUUGCGUCAAGCUGUACGGGAGUGGGUGGAUAAACAUUGGGAGAUUGGCACCCAGGUCGUUAGAGACAUUUAGAAAUUAUUUGAUACGGCUUCAUUGUUAUAGAUCAAUAUUAGAGAGUACAUUUCAUAAAUUUCAUAACUACAGUGAUCCACUUCCACGGAAGCUGUCAAAAUACCACGACUAAUAAACAUGCCAAACUUGGCAGAAUGACUCAUUUA